AUUGGUAUGCAUAAUGCAACGUUGUCAUUCCCCACCCAAUUUGAAGCCAAGUGCUAUACAGGCAAUUUCUAUUAUGUAGUGCUACUACCUUACACAUGCUCUUCGGGAGGAUCUCUUAAGCCUGUUUUACUAAUCUGAUUCACAACAAAUUUAUUCACAGGCUUAUGUUUUUAAAAAUCAGUUCCAAAUUUGAACUGCGCCGAUUUUGCCAUACAACUGGUGUUGUUGCCCUUUUGAAGCUUGGUCCACCAAAUCCAGAUGAUUUGGGGUACGUUGAUUCUGUGUCUGUGGAGGAAAUUGGCGGUGUUAGGGUCCCCAUUGUGAGUAAUGAAGAAGGUGGAAACUCUGUAUGCACUGUGGUCCUACGAGGAAGUACCCAUAGUAUAUUGGUUGACAUUGAAAGAGCAGUUGAUGAUGGUGUGAAUACAUACAAGCAAUGUGCAGGGACAGCCGUAUAGUACCUGGAGCUGCAGCUACUGAAAUUGAGUUGGCUAGAAGACUGAAGGAGUUUUCUUUUAAGGAAACAGGAUUGGAUCAAUAUGCUAUUGCAAAAUUUGCUGAGAGCUUUGAGAUGGUACCUAAAACCCUGGCUAAGAAUGCUAGCCUGAACGCAAUGGAAAUAAUAUAUUCUUUGUAUGCUGAACACGCAUCUGGAAACACCAAGGUUGGCAAUGACUUUGAGGAAGGUGUAUGCAAGGAUGUCUCUCCCAUGAAUAUUUGGGACCUGCAUGUCACCAAGUUUUUUGCUCUCAAAUAUGCUGCAGAUGCUGCUUGCACUGUGCUACAGGUAGAUCAGGUGAUGUUUGUUUCAGUUUUUAUAAACUUACUGACAUAAUAUUUAGCAUCAGAUUGCAAUUGAUCAAGCCAAUAACCGGUAGCAGAUGAAGAUGAGGAUGAACUUGUCUUGUGUUUUUCAUGGAGUGCUGCUGAUCACUUCUGGUUUUUCUAUUUUAUCAGAAUUAUAAUAGAGAAAUCAUUUGUAACUUUAACGUUACCAUUGAUGUUCUGGUGUGAUUUAUGAUUUGUCUUGCAUUUGACUCGAAAGCAAAAAUAUGCAACUAGUAAAGCAGUUUUUGAAGCAAAAAAUGGGGAGCUCCAUCAGGGUUGUUGACAUGGAAUUCUGGAGAUUAGUUUUUUUGGGGUAAGUAAUUCUGGAGAUUAGUUUCUCAAAUACUUGGUGAAUCAAACCUUAGAAACAAGAUAUUUUUCCCAAAGUUGAUGACAAUGAAAUUUGUUUGAACUUCUGAACUAUCCUGUUACCUUGACUGGGCUAUCUACUAGAAAAAAUUUGCAUGAAUCAUUUUGAUUCCUGGACAAAGGGGUAAGUAGAAAUCUAGUCAAAAUUGUGU